AUGAAGAGACAGGAAGACCAGAAUAAAAAUGAGGUAAAAAUGGCAGAAGCUGUACGGUAUUAUGUUGAAUGCAUUUAAAUGACAAGCUAUAUUAUUUAGCAUACAAGAGUACAAGCAGAGUCUUGUACAUUAAUUGCUUAAUAAACAAAUUAAAAUUGAACUAUUAAUAUCAACCUUAAGGAGUAGAACCAUCCCAUAAAUACAUAUUUCUAUUCACACCAUCCAAUGAUUUUGCAGAACCAUGACCAUACAUUCAGGAAAACAAGAAAGCAUUAUCAACCAUCCAAAAAGCUGGGUUGUCCCAGCCAAAUUAUAAUGUCUCGAGUCCUAAAGUUUCCAGAUUAUAAGGUAUGUAUGUUCAGAGGUUGCUGAUGGUGCACAUUAUUCAUGAUUGUACUGUAGUUAGAUUAUUUAACUUAGUUGAUAUUUUGUUUAGCUAGGCAGGUACAAUUUAGUCAAUGAAAUCCGAGAGGCUUGGCUGUUUACUCUGCUCCUAACUACCUAUAGAGUGUGAAAUGCCAUUUCCUUCAAACAAGUACAAUGUAUCUUAAAUUCUGUGUAAUCUUAAAUAUAUCCAUUCUGUAGGUUGUUGUUGGUCCAAAUGGAGGAAAACCACAGAGAAAGAUGAGAGAGGCAGCAGAAGCAUUAAAGGCAGACUUGCAAGCAGGAACAAAAUUGGCAAUUAUUGACCAAUUUGCAAUUAAACUCCCAGAUAUAAAUAGUCAUAAAUUCCAUACAACCGAAGGAGAGGUACAUCAAUACUCAUUUCAUGAAUAUUUAGAGAUAAGUCAUUUGUCAUGGUUUGUUUUGAGUGAUGAAAGUACUGUCAUGUAGAAAGACUGGUUGUUGAAAUUUACUCUUUUUGGUCAAUCACUGCCAGUUAAUAUUAAUGUCAAUGUUGGCCAUCUUCAAAUAUAUAUAAGGGACCGGUCAUUAUUUACGGGAAGGGGGGGAGGGGAAAAUAAGGGGGGGGGGGCAUAUGCAUAAAUAAAUAAUGACUAGGAGGGAAAGGGGCUGUUAAAUUUUUUCAGGAAAAUGAGAGGAGGGGGGUGCAAUUAAAUUAUGAAGGAAUUUGCUUAAGGCAUAUGUAUAAAUAAAUAAUGACUAAAAGGGGGGGGGAGGGCUGUUAAAUUUUUUCAAGAAAAUGAAAGGAUUUUGCUUAAUAAGCCUGGUAUCCAUACAAAUGUAGCGACUCAAUCAUGGUCACUGAUCUGAAAUAGUCUGGAUUUAUCUUGUCUUUUGUGUGCUCUAUGCAAAUCAGUCUUUACCGAUUGCAAAGGUAUUAUUACAUCAGCUAUCUUGACAUGGUUCAAAUACCCAGACCAAAUGGAAACCUGAUUUUAGUGUUAUGUAUAAAAAUACUACUCUUUUAAUUAUAAUUUUGUGCUAGCUAAUAUAUAUAUUUUUGGUCAAUGUUAAUAUCUUAUCAGUUCCAUAUUAUUAUUUAAUAACACUAUAACGCCUGGGAAUCUCCAUUUGACGAGUAAAAAUGAAAAUGGGGGGCAAAGAAGUGUCACCAUUAAAUAUCUGCUCUUUUAAGGGGUGGGGGGUGGGGUUUAAUUUUUAAAAUUUGGGAAAGGAAAAAUUCCUUUCUACCGUCCAUAAAUAAUGACCAGUCCCUAAUAACUAAUAAAUCUCUUUAUUAUUACCUGUUUAGGCUGCAUGUCUACGUGAACCAAUGGAUCCCAUAAUUGUGGAGAAAAUUAAAGCGAUGCAAGUGAUUGGUGUUCGCAGUACGGCUGAAGUUCGUCGCCAUUUGAAUAGUUUUGUAAAACAUGAGCUAUUUCAUGGAGAAGAUCCCCCACCUGAAUUAAGAAGAAGGUAUUACCCAACUGAUGCGGACAUUAGAAACAUACUGUACACAUCACGGAUUGGCGCGCGAAAGGCCCCAGAUGACCAAAUAAAUUUGGAAAUGAAAUGCAAGGAUUAGCAAGAAUUAAAUCCAGAAGACUUUAUUUUCUAUAGGGUAAAAAUACAUGGUACUUUUAGCGACAAAGUGUAAUGAAAUGGAGUAAACUCUAAACAAUAUUAUAUAAUUAUAAGUAUACAAGUCAAUAUUUAAGUUUCACUUUUUAGCCGUCAACGGUGCUGUCAGUAGAGGAAGAUUCACAAAGCUUUCUAUUUGUUUAUCAAUCGCAAUGGAUGAAGCGCUUACUAUUGUUAUAUGGUCAGGAAAUGUGCUUGAUGGACGCCACAUACAGAACCAGCAGGUACAGUACAAUGUCAUGAUAAAUUAUACCUAUAACACUAACAUCUUACGUUGUGAAACGAUGCUGUUUUUCCUCGAAUAACCUAGUCCAUGGCGAAUGAGAAUUAUGGCUAAUCAUCAGACUGCCUAGUCCACGAAAACGAAAGUUUCUCUUAUUCCAAUGUCUUCAUCAUCAUCAAUAAUAACAAAUAAAUGGAAUAACAUUAUUAAUUUAAUUAUUAUUUUCCAGAUACGCGUUGCCACUCUUCUUCCUGUGUGUCCGAUCCAACGUUGGGUAUAUUGUCGUUGCUGUUUUUAUCCCAGAGCAUGAAGAUGCGGAUUCCAUAUUAGAGGUUCUCAGAAUAAUACGCAAGGAAAACCCAUUGUGGGAUCCUAAGAAUGUUAUGGUUGACUGUUCGCUGGCGGAAAUAGCGGCCAUUAACGAAUGCUUUCCAAGUAAGUAACCAUAUCCAGUAUAACAUGUUGGUAUUCGAUAUUUCUAAACGAAUGUUAUACAUUUACGUCCGUGAUCGUUGCCUAAUGAAGUUGCUUUUUAACCUCCAUGAAUCCUUUAAUGUGGAGUUUAUGGACUUCACAAUUCUGUGGCGCAUUAAUAAAAUACAUGACGUGUAACAUUUGUAAAGCUAACAAUUUUCUGGAUAUAAGUCGCCCAAAUUGACAUGUAUCCAUCCUUUCUUUAUUGACAGAAACACAUGUUCAUGUUUGCGAUUUCCACCGUGAGAAAGCAUGGAAUGAGUGGGUGUCCAAAACAACGAAUGGGGUGACAGAAAACCGAACCGAGGUGUUGCAAUACCUGCGUAACAUUGCGAAAAGUGCGAACCAAGGUGAACUUGACCAGAAUGUUGCAGUCCUGAAAGAAAGUCAAAUUUGGAAAGAAUCCGUUCCGCUGCAAAAAUACUUCAAAGAAUUUUGGGGUCUCCAUCUGCAGGUACUGUCAUAUCUUUAUUAGCUUAUCGCCAUAGCUGUAUAUCAUGUACUGUGAUCAAUAAUCCAGGAAUUGUAUAGUACUUAAUUAAAAUAAAUACAGUAAUCGCGGAGCCAGCCUUCAAGGUACUGUACAUCCUUUUCCAGGUACAUCGUUACGACAAAAAAGUAUUCUAAAGCCAAAAUAAAUAAAAGAUAAAUUACUACCAAUCUUUACAGAAAUGGGUCCGUUUCUACCAUGACGAGGCAUUGAAAAUCUCCAUCAACACAAACAAUGGAAUUGAGCGACAAAAUAACUGGCUGAAACAAUCCUACCUUGAUGGACGAAGAAAUAACUCCAUCACCGACUUAGUAGAUAUACUAUUAAAGCAAUUUUUGCCUGAUAGCUACAAGAAGUAAGUAUCUUAUUACUAUAUCGGAUUGGUGAACAAAUCCAUGUUAUGUAUUCCAUUGUCCGCUGAAAUUGCUACGUUCCUAUAAGCGACAUCAUAUGCUGUAAAAUUAAAUUUUAAAAAUGCGCGACAACAUUAUCUUAUUGUGUAUCUUUUCCGUUCUUUUGAAACACGGUAUCUUAUUGUGUUCUUUUCCGUUCUUUUGAAAGAUAUAGAGAACAAAACAUCAAGUGCACAGACUCGUACAGGUGUUACGACAAGCGCGUUCCCAAGUAUCUCCAGAACAGACCAAGAGGCAUUGUAGAGCACAUCAUGAAAAGAAGUACCACGGAGAUUCAAAACCUCAACAUUUCUCAAGUAACUCCUCGCCUAUUUAGCGUCCGUAGUGGUGUAGAAUUUUACCAAGUUUGGUUGGGUUCCGACAUCCAACUGCCAACAUGCCAAUGCAUCGACUACCGGACCAAGAAAUUGCCGUGCAAGCACAUAUGCGCUGUUGUUCAAUAACCUGGCAUAGGGUGGGAGUCUCUUGGUUCGCGGUUCAACAGUCACCCCCUGUUCAUUUUGGAUGAGGAAGUUAUACGACAAGUACAAGAAUCGUCUUAUGAAGUAAAUGAUGAAACAUUUCCAUCGACCCAAAGAGAAGCGACGCAAAAAGAUUGUUCCCCAGGGUCUGAGAGCAAGGUAGAGGUGGCUACGGUGAGCCUUCCCUGUCGAAAAAAAGGGCAACAUCCGGAGACAGUGCAUUCAAGAAGUGAAAUCCCUCCAUGAUGAACUAUAUCUGCUAACGGAUAAAGAUGUUUUGAACGAAACCCUCGAAAAGAUCCGAGAAGUUCUUGCUUAUGCAAGGAAGCAUCGUCCCAAAGAAAAUGGAAUUGCGUUGAAGGACAAAUCCUUAUCGCCAAAGAAAAUCACGGUAAAAACGUCCAAAUUAGCAAAAAGAAAAAAGAGGAAUCACUUUAUGAAGAGAGUUGGAUCAGUUGCCGAUUCUCGAAACGCAAAGAUUGUCAUCGAAGACAGUGAUGUUGGUAAAAAAAUGAGUCGAUCCAAGGCGAAAGGUUCCCAAGUUGCUGGCAAGAAGAGAUCCAAGGUCCAAAAUUACAACGUUGUUGGCAAGAAGAAAAGAAAAGAGGAAGUAGACGAGAAUGGCAACAGACCGAGUGAUACAUGGAUGAUGAUCAAUGGUGUGAAACUGACCUACGAAUUGAGGGACAUACUCCUGUGCACGUUUGCAUGGUUGACAGACGAACACAUUGAUGCAGCCCAGCACCUUAUAAAAGAGCUGGGAACGGGAGUUAGUGGUCUCAACUGCAUUGCAGCAACAACACAUUGCAGCAGAUUUGCAGUCCGUCAGGAUGUUCACCAAACCAUUCAGUGCCACAAUAUUGGUCUUGCCCCUUAA